UCAAGAAGAAAGGACUACAAAAUUUAAGGUCGACGGGCAAGAAUUAAGGAGACAAACUAUAUAAAAAAAUGUCCUUUCGGUGUGUUUGUUUGUUACUUUUGGUCGUAUGUGUUGUAAUAGAUGCACAGCUCGAUUGCAGCAUAAUUUUACAUGGGACAUACGAUUACAUUAUUGUGGGCGGAGGAACAUCCGGGUCAGUUAUUGCCUCCAGAUUGUCGGAAGAUCCAGACAUCCGCGUCCUUUUAUUGGAGGCUGGCAAAGAUGAUGACGAAACAUUUGAAAGUCACGUGAUCGACACACCAGGUCUUGCUAACAGCCUCGUCGGAAGCAGCGUUGAUUGGAAAUACGAGACAGAACCUCAAAAGCAUUGUUGUGAUGGCCUCAAAGACAAGAAAGUCAGGUUGUCACGUGGAAUGGUUCUGGGAGGUACCUCAGCGAUUGAUUCUAUGGGGCACAUCAGAGGAAGUGAGCACGUUUUCGAGGAAUGGGAGCAGUCGGGAGCAGAGGGCUGGAACUUCACCGGCGUAAAAGAUUUCUACAAAAUGGCGGAAGACGUGAACAUCAAACGAGUUCCAUUAACAACUCACAGAGGACAAUGUGGACCCGUGCAUGUAACGGAACAAAAGGAUGACUCCUUGAGGUAUUCCAUGUUUAAAGCUGGAACCACAGAAAUGGGAUGGCCAGUGAUGGAGUGCAAUAUUGGAGAAAAUAUUGGUCUUUGUCGGAGCCAGCUUACAAUAAAGCAUGGGAAUCGUAUCAGCUCUGCUAAAGCUUAUCUCAACCCCGUGAAAAAAAGACUCAACUUAGAUAUCCAAACAGAGGCAAAAGUUAAAAAGGUCUUAAUUGACGAGUAUGAUCUCCGGGCAACUGGGGUGGUUUUUGUCUACCGUGGAAAGGAUUACACUAUAAAAGUGAGACGUGACGUUAUUCUGGCCGCUGGUCCCAUAGAAACACCCAAACUGUUAAUGCUUUCUGGCAUAGGAAAACCAGCUCAUUUAUCUGCCCUGAAUAUAACUGUUUUAGAGGAUUUACCUGUUGGAAAUAAUUUACAAGAUGGUUAUGUUGUGCCUCUACGACUGUACGUUAACCUACCGACAUAUCGACCAGAUAAACCCAUGGAAAACGUUCAAAGGUGGAGAGAUUACAUCUACCUUAGACGAGGUGAAUUAGCAGACGGUCUCCUUGAUGCACACUAUUUUUUGAGAACCUUACCGAGCAAACCGACUCGAUAUCCAGACAUUACUAUGUCUGUUGUCAAUAUGUUGCCAGAUAAUGACCACUCACUAUUAAUGAAAAUGAAUGUGGAAAAACAUGUGAGAGACACUUGGUACAAACAAGGAAGAGGGAAAAACGGCGUCUUGUUGGAGCUGACUUUGAUGCAUGCUAAAAGUCGUGGAACAGUACGACUUAGAAGUGCUGACCCCAACGAUCCACCCAUCAUUGACCCCAACUACCUGGCAGAGACUGAAGAUGUGGAGGAUCUACGCAAAGGUAUUGAAUUCAUUCAACGGCUUGCUACAACCGGGGCAUUCAAAGCUGUGAAUUCGGAGGUAGAGGAAAAAUUUACAGAAUGUAGGAAUCAUCCAGCCAAGUCUCAUACUUUCUGGAGGUGUUAUAUUCGAUAUCUAGGAUACAGUUCAAACGAACUUGUAGGGACUGCACGAAUGGGCAGACUAGAAGACAAUACUACAGUCGUAGACAGUGAUUUACGAGUAAAAGGAAUAAAGGGUUUAAGAGUUGCAGAUGCAUCAAUAAUGCCACAGAGCACUGGAACAACUCGAGCGUCCGUGAUCAUGAUUGGAGAAAAAGCUGCUGAUAUUAUAUACAAAGAUUUCAAAGAGUCUAAGGAAAACAUCCAUAAGCCCCAUGCAUUUUUAAAAGCUAGCAAAACAACAGAAAUGAAAAAUCUAGAUCCACUAACAUCUAGCAUUUAUGACACAAAACAACCUGUUGUGAAACUUGAGAACACGAAACCUUUAGAUCCAGAAACAUCUCCACUGAACACUGCAUCAGAGACCGAUCUACUGAGUAUGUUUGAACAGCUGGUAAUGGACCCUAUUACUGAUCCAAGCCCACCUCUAGGAACUGAAGCAGGGGGCUUGGGUAUCGGAGGUGGUGACUUAGCCUCGGGGAUCUUAGAUAAAUCUGGUCGUCUUUCAGAAAAUGCUUUGUUACAAAUUGUAGGAGCAUCCUCAGGAUCCACAAAACCGACAGAAGGUGAAUUGCCAGCGAACAUACAAAAUACUGCUGAUCAAGCUGUGAAUAAAGCAAGUGAGGCAGCUAAUUUUGUCAAAGCCGCUAGAAAUACUGUCAAACAAACAAAGAGUUCAAACAUUAAGGUUCCUGCAAAACCAGACAUUUUCUUAGAAAUCCAGAAUCUUUCUCUAGAUUCGAAAACCCAUGCAAAAAACACUAAACCAUCUCUUUCGCCUAAAGUUAAUACACUGAGUAUCGAGAGAUCCAAAAUUUCAAGAAGUGUGAAGAAAAAUCCAGAAAAUUCUAAAAUAAAAGCAACAAAACAACAAGUUAAGAAAAAUGUGAAUUCAAAAGUUGAACAGAAAUCCACUCCACCAAGGGUUAAUCACCGUGUAGUUGACAUACAUUCAUUUAUGAAAGGGCAGUCUGCUCCUAGUUCAGGAAAACGGGUAAUUGACAUGCAUUCUUUUUUAAAUAAUAAAUCGACCGUAGAUGCCCAGAGUUCUAAGUUACUAGAACCAUUCACGCUAGAUGGUGUCCUGAAAGCAAAUAGUGAAAUAAAUCGAGAAGGAGGCUUACGCCCAUUGCCUGCUUCUCUUCAGACCAGUCGUGUGUCUACUGGAGGCACCGAGUCUUUAUUUGACAAUCACAGGGAGGUGUUCCCAAGCAGAGAGCCGGAUGUUAGAGGUUUUGGAAGCAGUGCUGGUUCACUAUUAUCAAACAGUUUAGUCACAAGACGAUCAAAUCGAAGGCGAAAUACUUUAAGAGGAAGUGUUUUUCCGUGAAAAAAAACUUUAUUAUUUUUUAUAACAGACUCUACCUAAAGAGAGAUUGUUUAUUUUGGUGUAAAGGAUGACAGAAAUAAUAAAAC